AUGGCGCCUCUCUCAAGAAGUGCCUUCUGUACUUCCGGAGAUAAAGGGCUCUGGGCUGGUCAACCCGCAGUUGGAGAGCAAGACAUCUCUUCCCCAGGUCCUUCCUCCAACUCUUGGAAUGAGGCGUGUGGGGCGGCUCCCGCCACCCUGAGCUCUUUCCCAGGAGCUGCCACCGGGGGUUGGAGCCAGGCCCCACUGCCCAGGCGCUCCCCGCUAUCUGUGCGAGGACGGGAAGGAGGGGACCUGUCACCCGGAUCAGACCUCCUUCCUCCACUUGGGAACCUUGAGUCCGGCCUCUGGGAUGCAGAAACCCGCCCCCCCACGGCGCAGCGGGAAUCGGCGGGGUGGGGGCGAUCGGGGCGGGGCCGCCGCGAGGAUGGGCGGGACGGGGGCGGGGCGGCGGGCGGCUCCUGGAACUGCCAGAGCUGGGCACCUGCGAAUGUGCCAUACCCGCGCUACCGCUGCUGCUGCUGCCUACUGCCCAGCGAACUGGGCCAGGUGCUGCUGGUGGCCGGGCAAUGUGAAGCGGCCCCCCACAGUGUAGCCGGAUCACCCGGGAUGUGGCUCAAGCCCAAGGAGGUGCUGGUGAAGAACCCUGAAGCUCUGGGUGGCCCAGAGGAGCAGCAGCUACUAGAUGCCACAGCAGCGCCGCGGGCACAGCGAGGGGAUUGGCCACCUCAGCGCCGCUGCCGCCGCUUCCUCCAGAGCGAGCUGGGCCACGUGAGGCCCUGGCCCCGGCUCCGUGAACAGGGGCACCAGAAGAAAGGGAAAGAAGCCCGACGAGGUGCUGCUGAAGGACGCCCUGAAGCUCUGGGUGACCAAGAGGAGCAGCGGCUCCUUCAUCCUAGAGCAGCGUGGCGGGAGGCUUGUGAGUUACAAGAGAAAAAGGAAUAAGUUCAUGGUGCAGAGCCCAAGCAGCCACUAACUUAAGAGACCAAGUGAACAUCACCAGGAGUGGAACAAGUUGAAAUUGUGUCCACCUGAGAGGAUGUGAUGCAUAGCAUUCCUUCUGUGAGGCUGGCCAGAGACUUUAACCUGAAUCUAAUGAGCGUCAGCUAAGCCAAAACUGGGAUUUGAUGCUGAAGAACUGGCCAGUAAUCUUUGAAGCCGUCAAGCUCACGAAAGUCAAAGGGUGUUGAGGAUGCAACCCAGUGCCUCCCACAUGCCAGACAGGUUCUGUGCCACUGAUCCCCAGCCCAAGUCCCCAUAUAUACAGUUUUGAAUUUGGAUCUUUUCCUGGGGAUGUGCCCUAGUCCUCUGUGAUGUGGGGCAGGCCCCAGUCAGCCUGGGAUCAUGAUGGCCGUCCAGUGACAGAGUGCCCUGCUGCCAAGGCGGGAGGAGCAAGUGGAUACAUCCCAUGCAUUUCCGAGUCACAGCGUGUUUGUUCCCCUUAGGAUGGGCUUGUGAGGCACUUGGAAACUGGCGGGAUCUGAGGAGCAGAGGGUAGGAAUGUCCCAGCGUUAACUUUCUGAAUUGUGGGGUGCUCUGUUGUGUUGGCACAUGUCCCUGCUGGUGUGAAACAUGCUGCACACUCUGGGGUGAUGGCAUGGCAGGUCAGUGACAUACUCCUUAAUGAUUCAACUUCCUUUAACAUUGGGGUCUUAAACCAAAAUAAACUCCUCAGGUCACUCAGGGCCCUCUCAGGGCCUAGUAGUGAAGGAGCAUGGGCAAAGGAAGGUGUAGGGCUUCAGCUCCUCCAGGGAGGAGGGAUUGGGUUUGUUCACCUGCCAGUGAUUCAGGAUGCCAUUCAUCACAGCAGAAUGCCAAUCCUUCACCUGCUACCUGUGCCUUCUGUCCUGUGGGGUCUUGGAUGUGCUGUCAUAUUUCUCAGGGUACCUUUCUGGAGUAGAAAGGGAUUAUUCUUCCAUGUGAGAUGUGGAUAUGAUGAGGAUCCUAACGGGCGACACUUACCUGGUGCUUGAAGGGCCUGGCAAUAGUCUAGGUGGCCUGGUGGGU